AUGGUAAAAAAGUUUGCAUUACAAGGACAUCAAUGGAUAGAUGAGAUUUAUAAAAAGAAGCAUAUGUGGGCGCAAUCACACUUGAGUGGUCAUUUCUUCGGAACAAUUAUGAGUACAUCACAUUGUGAAGGUUUGAAUACUUUUAUAGCUUCUCUUGCAAAAGAGAGGAAGACGUUAUUGGAGUUUGUUAGAGCAAUUGAAGAUGGAAUUAAAAAUAUUCGAAAUAAUGAGAUUGGUGAAGAUUACAUAUCCAUCCAUACAAAGCCAGUUUCAAGCCAAAUUUUCAAAGAUAUUGAAAAGCAUGCUGCAAGUGUUUAUACAGGAAGAGCAUUCAAAAAGUUUAUAGAUGAGAUGUGCCUACAACAAUUGUUUUACCAUGAAUGUCGCUUCGAUGAUGAGCCAUCUAUACGGGUGUACCAGUUGAUGAAGUAUGGAGAUCUUUUUGAGCGAAUACGUGUGGAGUUUCAUGUAGAUGAUGAAAAUAUAAAAUGCUCAUGUCUUAAAUUUGAAACAGAUGGUAUACCAUGUCCACAUAUCAUUCAUGUGAUGAUUUUAGAGCAAUUAAAUAGGAUCCCUUUGAAUCUCAUAAUGAAAAGAUGGACAAAAAAUGCCAAAGAUGAUGCACCUACAGUUGUGGAUGAUAAUGUUGAUCCUAAAUACCAGAAAAUGCUACGGUAUGCUUCUCUGAGCUCUCACUGUAAUAGGUUAUGUCAUGUCGCUUCUCAAUUCGCCGAGACAUUUAACAAAGCAAGGAGUGAAAUAGCUAAUUUAACAAGACGAUAUGAAGAGAUGUGCAAAGUCAAUACAGAUGAAAUUUCUAAUUUGGCAGAGCAUGUUCGUGAUCCUACUAGAGUGAAAGUUAAGGGCAAAGUUGGAGCUAAAUUUGAAGGGAAAAAAAGCCACAAAAAUGUGGCAAUUGUAGGAUGUUGCCUUCUUGAUGAUAAUGAUGUUGAUGUAUAUGAGAGAAAUAAAGAAGUAUGGCCAUCUCAAUUGGGAACACUUUUUGGUGGUGAUUCAUCAGGCAAUGAUAUUGAUAAGGCUGUGUUCUUAAUAGUUAAAAGUGUUAAGUCUGACAUGUAUCCUGAUGUUGUAGUGUGA